UGAUGGUGGAGGCCACAGUUAGGAAACAUAGUCACGUUUAGACAAUAUUUUAGCCCUGGCCAUUGGUGGAUGACGGCAAGAGACGGAAGAAGAAGAAUCCAGUCAACACUGCUCACGUUCACUCACUUAUUACGGAAGAAGUAGUCACGCCACGGCCAUUAUCUCAUUGGUAGAAGAAGAAGAAGUUUUUUUAGUUCUCUCUCAUUCCAUUCGAAGCGACCACGGUGACAGUGCCUAUGAACCAAUCUACUGAUAAACCGGCGAAGAAGCGGAAGGCUUCGGCUGCUUCCAAGAGCUCGAAGGCAUCAUCAGGUUCACAGAAGAGCAAGACGUCCGAAGCUUCGACGAAAUCUGCCGAUGUGCACGGAAAAUUAGCAGAUCUUGCUCAGGUUAGAAAGGACACCCUGACUGCAGCUGCAUCGAACAAGAGCGACUUGCAGUCGGCCACGUCUCAAGAUCCCCUGUCGAAGAAAACGGGCGAGGCAGUUGACCACAAAAAAACCGCUGCAACUGAAGCGGAUUCGCAGCCUCCCGUAUCUUCACUACCAUCUGAACGGAAACCUUCAAAGUCGGUGGCUAUUUGCACCCCAGUUGUGGUACCCGCGUUUUCAGCUCAGGAUGCCAGUGCCGUCAACCGGGAGGGAGCUCCAGCACAGGACAGAGGAACACCAGGAAUCGCUAGCUUGGCAACUCAAUCCAUUAUGUCGACCAGGAUGCGUUUCUUGGCUUCGCUUAUCAACAAAAUGCCGGAAAACCAGCCAGAGGAGACUUCGAAGCUGAAGCAAGUAGAAAAGCCCAUCGAACGCAAACGUGCAGGACGUAGUAAAGAGGACCAUACCAUGCCGACUGGCGCUACUCCUCACCCAAAAGACAAGCCUGCUGGAAAGGAUGACCGCAGCAAGGUAAGCAAGGUACCAGGGACAAGCAAGCAGUUGCUCGUAUGCGUUCUUCUCGUGGCUGUCAUCUCGGUCGUCGUCACGGUUGCUUUUCUCUACCGACGAUUCUUCUCGGAAAAGGGCAUCCUAGUGGAAUGCAACACAGACGAAUGCAGGAACGUCUUAUCCCAAAUCCAGCAGCUGCUGAGCCCUAACAUCGAUCCCUGCGAUGAUUUCUAUGGUUACAUCUGCGGCAAGUGGGCCGGCAAACCGAACUCCGGUUUCCUUGACGAUGUCAUGAGCAGGGAUCGGAACCGGAACUGAACCCGAACCAAAAACCGGAAAAAAACGUUAUUUUCUGACGAACCCGAACCGAACCGAACCCGAACAAUUUUUUUGCUUGUCCUGAGCCGAACCGGAACUGAACCGAAAAAAAUUGAUACGGUUACCGGUUCGGGAAUCGGUUCAGAGGUGAAUUAAUUGUACUACUGACCGACCUUUUUUUUGCUCACCUGAAACGGUUAUCUCACACCUUUCUCUUACAAUCGUGUACGGUGAGCGUAAGCUUGCUUGCAUGUAGCAAAAUUACUGCCCGUGGACCGGUUAAACCGAGGCCGAGAAAAGUAACUGUUCCAAUCCCUGUAAAUGCCCCGACCGCUGACAGAUUUUUUUUGUCUGUGCAUGUGCGGGGGGGGGGGGGGGGGUUCUCCCUGAGCCGAACCCGAACCGAACCGAUAUACCUGAACCGGUUCAAGCUGUUAAUUUCGGUUCAGCGGAGCUAAACCCGAACCGAACCAAUAUGCCUGAACCCGAACCCGAACCGGACCGAAAAAAAUACCGGUUCCGAUCCCUGGUCAUGAGUACAUACAACCAGACGCUAAUAGACGCCCUCUUUUCCCAACAGUCCCUGCAACGAUCCAGGCUUGGAAGGCACGUGUUUUCAGGUCUUUACCAGAAGUGUGACCAUUACAUCAAGAGAGGUAAAGGUUCCUUCGAGGAUGCCAUGGAAGAUAUCAGCAAAUUAAUCGACAGUGACAAGUUACGAGAAGCCAGAGACCAGUCAGCUUUAUUCGCACAUCUUACGGGCCUUGUUUUGAAGACUGGCGUCCAUACCUUCUUUACAAUCGAAUUUGAUCCAGCCGGUAGGGUAGCAGCCAUGCGUAUCUGCCCCGGUCGUUCCAUCCAGCAAAAAAUUUCCGCCGGACAUGAUUUGUCUGUCAUCGAUGUCACCACCGUAUCGAAUUUGACUCGCAGUUUUCUGGAGAAGACCGUAUUCGGUCUCAACCUUACGAACGAAACGAAUGCUGACGACCUAUUCGACAUCGACAAAGACGUCCAUCAAAACUUGCUGAAGCCGACGUCGACACGAGGAGUACAUUUCAGGGACAUAGGCACAGUGACUUCGAUAAGAAUUCCAGUAGACGUUAUUAAUAGAAUUGUUCCUUCACGGCUUCAAGUAGGGCUCGACGAUGUCGUUUUGGUGACUGGGGCAGAUUCCAUACAAAGUAUCAACCUUGCCAUAAAGCGCCGACCGUUUCCAGAGCAGAAGUACUACUGCAUCGUCAACCUGCUUGCCGAAUUCCUUCGGUAUAAUAUCUACAGUGAACAUUUCCAGCACGACUACAAGCUCCACACAAUGGUUUGUCUCAGCGCCACCAAGGCAGUCCUUAUCAACACCUGGCAGUACUUAGUCGCCCAGUUGGCUGUGGAGUACAGUUACGCGAAGAUAACGAGAGACAUGGCAGUUAUCGCGAAAAAUACUGUAGCCAACGGAAAAGAAUUCGAUAUAUUUGACAGUUACUUGCAAUCGAACAUCAAGAGUAUAUUAAGGGACAUGAAGAUAGCCGUUUACGACGGCCUGGGUUUACCGCGUUUAAGCUCUGACAUCAACUACAAUUCAUGGAACUCGCAGGGAACGUUUUUUCAGUCUUUGAUGGACGCGGCACGUUGCACACGGGCAAUGCACUACAAGACGUUUUAUUAUGAGAACACUGACGUAGCGGCGCAGUAUCAGUACAGCGCCACGAUUGCGUACGCAGAUCCCUUCUUGUAUGUUCCGACGGCGUACCAGCGUAGUCCACUCUUGCACGUCGGCCAGGGGCUCCCCUUGUACAUCAAUUUGGUCUCUCUCGGUCCGUUGUUGGUGGUGGAGAUGCUGCGAGGAAUUGCUGGACCCCUUCGAGACUCCGCGAAAGCGGGAAAACAGUUGGGGAACGCGAUGUCUUGCACGAAGAAAGUCGGUUCACUAAUAGGCCUCGACGUGGAGGACUCCACAGAGUCGCAACCUUGGGACAGCGAUGUUGUGCUGUGGUACUUCGCGUUUCGCAUCCUCUAUUUAGAAGUGCAGAACGCGGUAAUGUCCCGGGGUAAUGAUGUCUUCAGGGAACACGUGGCCCACUGCCCAGUGGUAUUUCUUCGUUCGGUUUUGCAUGAUUUCUUGUACGUCGCGAGAUGACGGUUCAAGCCGAGAGCCUCCAAAGAGCUUCAAAGAACGAUGCUUGGUUCAUCUGCUUGCACACAAGGAUUUUGCAGUUCGUUUCAGAUGCUCUUGGAGAUCGAAUUUCAGAACUAUUGACUGUGUCAACGACUAGGAGUUUUCUAGUGGUUUGUAGUUUUUGCUGUAAUGAUUCAGAUAUUUUUAUAGAUCAACAAAAAAAAAGUACAAAUUUUUUCGUUUCGCUUUGUCUCGUAGGAGAACAGAGAACACCACCAGUCGCCGGGUGCCUGAGACGUAUUCCCAUUAUACUUGCAAGGGCCUGCUUUCUAAGAUAUAGUCCUGGUUAAAGUAGCACACAGUAAAUCACGGCUGACAUCAACGUCGUGUGCACUCAGAAAACGAGAAGUUGUAGCAUUGCCGUUGCCGUGUGUACUUCAUGGGAGUAACCACCCAGCGUAGCAGGUGUUGCUGGUGUUGGUGGCGCUUUUGAGAACAAGAGCCCCUGAAUUUGUUCAAGGGAAGACCCGCAGGACGUGGACAGCUCAAUGCUGUCGACAGACGUGACAAUUUCCACGACUAGCCGAGAGCCAUCUUAAGAGCAGUCUAGGCGAGAAUUGGAGCGACACUAAAUGGGGGCGGCACGUCCGGUUAGGCCGCCAAGAAGCUAUCUAUCCGGGAGUAUUGGAACCUGUAUUGAAACACACCCAACGUCACACAUUCGAUAGGCCCUUGA